AUGAGUGAGAGAAAUGUAAAAUCAGAUUCGGAAUUUGGAAGCGAUUUUAAUUUAGAAAAAGAAUUUCGAUUUUGUGAUGGAAUUGUUUCGAAAUUGGAACAAGAAAGUGGUGGAGCCCCGACAUUUUCUGAAGAACUAUCGCAAUGUAUCGAACGGCUCGAAGUUUUGAUCCAUGAAGUAACAGCUCGAGCGCUUUUUAGCGAGAAUGAAACAAUUGAUGAUAUACCUGCGAAUUAUAUUAAGUAUUUAUUGCUACCAUCGUUUAUGGCAACACUAACGCAAAAUAUAAAUAAUCCAACGGAAACUCGGGUUGAUAUCUUGAAUAAAGCGAAGAGGUAUUUCCGGAGUUUCUUGGAAAUGUUACAUUUUUAUAAAGUUAUUGAUUUUACGUUGCCUUGGAUAGAUGAGGAUGUUGAUAUGGAAGAAAGGCAAGUGAAGUCAAACGAUAUUUUCGAACUAAGAAAUAAAAAAAGGAGAAUGUAUGAACAACAAAGACAGUUGGAACAAAGCCUAAAAAUACUUCAGACGCAAUAUGAUCGUGGUGAAGAAGACGAUUCCCUUCUGCGCAAAUUAUAUCUUACUCGUGUUCGUUUAUCUGCGUUGAAAGCCUUGUCGGAAUUACAAAUGAUUGAACAAGAAUUACCCUUAGCAGAACGUAUGCUUAAAAUUCGAUCUGGUGAAUUGAAAGCAGAUCCUCUAGUAAAACCUCCUCAGUCAAGGCCGCCUUUCAUAAUAACUCGUGAUCAAAUUCAAAAGAAAGUUUUCGGUCUUGGUUAUCCAAGCGUACCAAAGAUGACAGUCAAUGAAUGGUAUGACGAAAUGGCGAAUACCGGAGGUUUUGCAAAUUCAAGCUCUGCUAGCGUUGUGCCGGAAAACAAGUCGGAUGAUAGUGAUGAUGAACAAGUUCAAGAAGAAAAACGAGAAAAAGCUAUAAAGUGGGAUGAAUAUAAAGACUGUACAUUUUUUAAAGUUUAA